AUGUCAUCAAACGCUCCCUCUAUCGAUGGGCCCUCUGCCCUCACCUAUCGUCGUACCUUUUUCAUCCUCGCCGCAUUUGCAGGUACUCUAGCUCUCACACAGCUCCAUCGAUAUUUCUUCUCUCCUUCUGGGGCUUCCCAGACUAUCCAUAGACGGAAUGCGGUGCGGCACCCAAGACAUUCCCAGAGACGGGGCGGGAUAUCUCUACCCAGCGGAGAAACGUAUGAAUCCUCCAGUCCGCUAGCACCAUCACUUGCGCUCGCCCAGCGUGAACAAGAGGGCAGAAGCUAUGGUCAUUUCAGCAUUCAGGUGGAUGCUGACCGCACCCUGGAAUGCCCCCUUUUGCCUUCGCAGUUGGCCUCUGUAGAGCGCAUACAACGGGAAGUUGGAGCUAACCUGGAGAGCGCAAACUUGAUGCGCCAUCUGAUUGAGGACGAGUUUCUUACGAGGUUCCUAAUGGCUGAGUUCCCACCCUCGCAUGUCAUUCUUCUCUCUACCGGAGAAUGGAGAUAUUUGCUCAACGAGCUCACGUCUCGUGGAAUCUCAGAGAUUGCGGUCAACAAUGCCUUUACGCGGUUCAAUGAAAAUCCACACUUUGGGGAACAGCAGAGUCCUGGACGGCCGGAAGAUCAGGGUGCGAAUAUGAUGAAUGGCAAUGAUAUAUCCCCAGAGCAGGCUCUCCCACCUCAGCCCGAGAUAGGGGACACCACCAUGGAUGAUCAGAGUCUAUUUUCAUGGAGAGACGGUACCAAUGACACAGCUCCGCCGAGAGAGGGGCAGAAUCUAUUGAACUUGCUUUAUCAUAUUGCUGAGGAUCAAGCAAGACGCGAUGGCUACAUACACCGUGGCGUAACAUGCAACAGCUGUGGUGUUAUGCCAAUCCAAGGAAUCAGGUAUCGCUGUGCAAACUGCAUAGACUAUGACCUCUGUGAGGCUUGCGAAGCAUCUCAAGUCCAUAUCUUAACGCACUUGUUUUACAAAGUCCGAAUACCCACCCCGUCUCUGGGAAGUGCAAAACAGGUCCAACCAGUUUUAUAUCCAGGGAAGCCGAACAUGCUUCCCCAGACUCUCCCCAGAAAUGUGUCAAAGAGACUUAAAAAGGAAACUAACUUUGAAAAUACCGAAGUUGAUGCGCUGUGGGACCAGUUUAGGUGCCUUGCAAAUACUGAAUGGGCCGAUGAGCCCAAUGGUCUUCCUCUGGCCAUUGAUCGUAAGACAUUUGAUAGAUGUUUUAUUCCAAAUCGUCCUCCGCCCCCGAGCCUUAUUUAUGAUCGGAUGUUUUCCUUCUACGAUACGAACGGUGAUGGACUGAUAGGAUUUGAAGAGUUCUUAAAAGGGCUGGCGAGCUUUAGUAAUAAGAGCAUGCACGAGAGGCUUAAACGAAUUUUUGCGGCUUAUGAUAUAGACAGAGAUGGCUACGUUGAACGAAAAGAUUUCUUGCGAAUAUUCAGGGCAUAUUACACCUUGAGUAGAGAUUUAACUAGGGAUAUGAUAUCUGGGAUGGAGGACGAUUUCAUGGAAAGCGGAUCUCGAGAUGUUAUAUUAGGAAGCCAGCCUGUAAGUGCUGCAUUUCCUGGAACCAUACCUGGGCCAGACCCAUCUAGAGCGGGUGAAGGCAAACGUACAAAUUUGCAGGGAGAUCUGGAGAUAAUCGAUAACGAGGGUCCCCUGAGGGAGGAUGGUGAUGAAACAGGUGAUAGAAAUAUUGUUUUAGGAGAUGCAGCUCUAAGGGAUACACUUGGGCCCAAUCGCCCUCUCCAGCGAAAUCCAUCAAGGUCAGAUAGGCUGCCUCAUGGGCCUUUCUACGGGCCCCUAUCAAGUGAUUCUCUUAUUGAUCACAGAGGAGACGGGUAUGACCUUGUUUGUUGCGAUGCAUAUCCAUGCGAGAACUUUUUGAAUUGGCCUCCAGCAGAACACGUUGAGCGUCAGGAUAUCAUCAACGCCCUAGGUGCAUAUGUACCGCUAGAGGAUGUUACAGACUUUGUUGAUAGAGCUAGGAUUGGAACCUGCCUUAUUGAGCGACUAAAUGCAGCUGAAGCGGAACAUCAGUCGAACAUUAGGCGAGAGGGUAUUGAAGAAAGAUGGCGGCGACGAGCAUUUUACCUUGAUGAGGAAGAGGGAACAACUGGGCGGCCAAUCUACCAUGGGAAUGAGGAUGAGUAUGAGGCAACAUCUGAUCGAGAAUGUAACGAGGACUCAGAUUGGCAUAACCCUACCCAAAGGUCCAGGUCAUCUUCUAAGGUUCGCUUCCAGGAUGAUGUCACAGAUAACGAAUACGAGACUCGCUCAAACCAGUCUACCUCCUCACGCAGCAUCCCACUAGGUGAGCGAUGGGGUGGCUAUGAAAUCCCAGAAGUUGAGAGGGAUGCAGGAAAGGAAAUUCUCUAUCAGGUCACCCAGCAAGGAUUAAACGAGCUGUUGGAUCUCAUUUUUAAGCCGAAAGAAGAUCUUCUUAUGGAAGCGUAUCGCACUCGUGCAGAACGGAAGCGAUGGGCCAAAGAGAUUGAAAGGUUUCAGGAGGGCAGGUAUCGAUCUAAGGAUACAAAUAAUUACAGCACCAGAAACCAGGAUAAUCAUGAUCAAGAAAAUACAGAGUCUGUUCCUGGUGAUAGGUCCCUGAAAGACCUUCUGGAUGAGAGUGGUUUUACCGUUGAUCCAGAAUUCCUUGAGCAAGUUGAUCAAGAUGAAGAUGGCUUUGAUCAAAAUUAUCAGUCUCAGCCCGAAGAUAGUAUAGUAUCGGAACAUUUAAGUGAUCAGGAAAUUGAAUACUUGCCUCUAGCACCUGAGAGUGAGGCUUUCCAGGUUGACGGCGAGUCACCAUUAUCUCAAGAGAGCAAUGCACCUCAACUCCCCGACCCUACUCUACCACAAAAUCGACCAAACGAGGAAGACUUAGUUGCUCUCACGCGUCUGCCUCAUAUAACUGAAAUACCACGCUGCACUAAUCACCCUUCGCGACCACAUUCUGCAGAGCCACACCCGAUAUAUGAAUCCGCAUCUACGUCGACGUCGGCCUCUGGGCCUUCCCAUCAUCGGCUCACUCACCAAUCUAUGCCUCGCAACCGCUCAUUACCUCUUCGACUUCGGUUUCAACAGUCUCCUCCACCAAAUCAUGCACGAAGCAACUCCAGCUCUUCAUUAGGAUCAUCGUCUUCUUCCCCAUCUGCAAAGAAUGCUGUUCUUCCCUCACCACCACCAUCCCCAAAGAUUCUAUCCCGCUGGGCUCGGUUAAACCAUGCUGAGCAAGAAGCCAAAGAACGAGGCGGUUCGGGAGCCAAGCUAAACUUUGAUGAAUUUGCCCUUAGAAUGCAGGGAGAAAGGGGGAAAAGACUUGGUUUUGUGGCAAGCUGGAUCGAUAUGACUACUUUUUGA